AUGCUAGGCUCAAUGCGUCGUGUUCGCACUCAGGACACAAGGGCGACAAGAAACCAUUCAAAGCACCUGGAGGUGCUAGAGCGCCUUGAACCACUACUGGUGGAGCUCUCGCCGCCACGCCUCCGUGCAGAUAUCGUCUAUGGCGAUCCGCGUUCACAGGAAUGCCUGGAAUGGGACCGCCGGGGCUUCCAAGUCCUAAUAUCCUCAAUGUGUGAAUCAGGCAUGAUCGACAGACUGUCCGGUUUCGAUGACGGGAUUGACCAGAUAUACCAGGCACGGGAUGUUUCCGCUCGCAUCUGGCAAACGUGGCUGCUGUGCAUGCUCGAUGUGCCAAUGUUGCCAGCCAAGGAUGUGCAGGAAGCGAACAUCUCUUUGUGUAUUCGACGCAUCCGGAAGAGCUCACUGUGCAGUGGGACCGCAUUGUGA